CCGGCAGCUGCGCCGAACCUGAACCUCUCCCCCGAAGAGAAGCGAACAUAUGGCCAACUCUUCCGACAAGCCGAUUCCGACAGCGUUGGCGUCGUUGUUGGCGAGAUCGCUGUCAAGUUCUUCCACAAGACUGGUCUAGACUCUCGAAUCCUGGGCGAGAUCUGGCAGAUUGCGGAUAAGGAGAAUCGGGGUUUCCUCACACCAGCUGGCUUCGGCAUCGCCCUACGACUCAUCGGACACGCCCAGGCCGGCCGCGAACCUACUCCCGAGAUCGCUCUCCAACAAGCUCCUCUUCCUCGAUUCGAUGGCUUCGUCCCGCAAGCCGGCCCUGUUGGAGGCAUUCCCCCUCCUCCGCCCGUGCCUGUGAGCUCGCCUCCUCCUCCAGCUGCUCUCCAGGCUCAGUCGACCGGCGGACCGAUUCGCAUCCCUCCCUUGACUCCCGAGAAGGUGGCACAGUAUACUGGUCUCUUUGAGCGCCAACCUCUUCAGGUUGGUGGUCAGUUGCCAGGUGACCAGGCCAAAUCCAUCUUUGAGAAGUCUGGGCUUCCCAAUGAGGUGCUGGGUAGGAUAUGGCAGCUCGCCGAUACCGAGCAGCGCGGCGCUCUCGUUCUCACCGAGUUUAUCAUUGCUAUGCAUCUGCUCACCUCGAUGAAGACGGGAGCUCUUCGAUCUCUCCCCAACAUCCUCCCAGCUGGUCUCUAUGAAGCUGCCGCGCGCCGUGGCCCCUCACGUCCGUCGUCUUCCGCACCCGGCAUCUCCGCCAUCCCCCGACAACUGAGUGGAACUGCUCAAGUGCGCGCAAACAGCCCUCUCGGACGUCCUCCCCUCUCUCCCCAGGGUACGAGUGCGGUUGCAAGUGAUUGGGCCGUGACUCCCGCCGACAAGGCCCGAUUCGAUCAGUUGUAUGCCGACCUCGACAAGACGAACAAGGGCUUUAUUACUGGAGAGGAGGCGGUUACCUUCUUUAGCCAGUCCAAUCUUCCCGAGGAUUCCCUGGCUCAGAUUUGGGACCUGGCAGACUCAAACUCCCAGGGACAGCUCUCGCGCGACCAGUUUGCAGUCGCCAUGUACCUCAUCCGACAACAGAGGACUGGCCGUGGGCCCCUGCCUACCACUCUACCUGCUAAUCUGGUUCCUCCUAGCCUUCGCACUCAAGUUCGUCCACCAACUGCCACAUCUGCUUUUGACCCUCCUCCUCCUCCCGUGGUGGCCCAGCCACCACCUCCUCAGCCCAAGUCAGCUCUCGACGACCUCUUUGGCCUCGAAUCGACCUCCCCGAGCCCUGCUCCGGCUCCAACCCAGGCUCCUAUGUCAACUGGGGGAUCCAAUGCCAACGAUCCGUUCGGUACCGGCUCUAACGUGCUGACACCGUCCUCUCCUCUUAAGGCGUCUCUCACUGGCACUGGAAGCUCAACCUUUAAGCCAUUCGUUCCUUCAUCUUCGUUUGGCAGAGGCUUGACGCAACAGCCUACAGGAGGCUCGGCUGGUUCAGGCUCUAAGCCUUCCAUGCCUUCCGCGUCCGAGGAUCUCCUGGCAGACAAUGAUCCAGAGGCCAGCAAGAUUUCUGGAGAGACCACCGAGCUUGCGAACCUCUCAAACCAGAUCUCAUCACUGUCCAAGCAGAUGCAGGAUGUUCAGGGCAAGAGGACAACAACUCAGAACGAGCUGAAUCAAGCCACUGCUCAGAAGGCGAACUUUGAGCAGCGACUUGCUCAGCUGCGCACCGCUUAUGAGAAGGAGGCGCAAGAUACCCGUGCCCUCGAGGAGCAGCUCAACACGGCUCGCAAGGAGACAUCGAAGCUGCAGGCCGAGUGCAUGAGCCUUGAGGGGACUUACCGUGAUAUCCAGGCUCAGCACCAGCAGGUUACAGCAGCUCUCCAGGCUGAUCAGCAGGAGAACACUAACCUCAGGGAGCGUAUCCGGGUUGUCAAUGGAGAGAUUGCCCAGAUCAAGCCCCAGAUCGAGAAGCUCAAGUCUGACGCUCGUCAGCAAAAGGGACUGGUUGCCAUCAACAAGAAGCAACUGUCCACCACUGAAGGCGAGCGCGACAAGCUCAAGGCUGAAGCUGAGGAUCUCACUAAGAGCAUCGAGGAGCUGCGUCAAGCCAACACAGGUUCUCCUGCGUCUGCCCCGGCCCAGAUUGCUAGCCCAGCGGCAUCUACCUCUAGUGCAAACAACCCCUUCUUCCGUCGGACGGCAAGCACUGAUAUCAUGGGUGCAUUUGCCUCCCCCCCCGCCAAGAACGUCUCUGACAAGUCUUUUGACGAUGUCUUUGGACCGUUCCCACCUAGCGCUUCUGGUACUCCUCCUCCUCCUCCUCAGACUUCGUUCAAGCCCCAGCAUACUGGUACCUCGACCGCCAGUGUUGGAUCAUACAACACCCCCCCUGCUUCGUCUCCUGUCAUGAGCCGUCAGCCUACUCUGGCUGUCGACCCUCCUGCGCCUCCGGAGUCGAGACAGAUCAGCUCUAGCUUCCUACCUUUCAUUGACCAUAACGAGUCCCUCUCAUCCUCGCGUCAGGUUUCACCCCCUGCUUCCCGGAUCGAUGACCCUCUCCAUGGCUCGGUUACCCCUAUCCCUGGCGACCUGAAGGCAUCCGAUAGUGUUGGCAGUGUACCAGGAGCUUUCCCCGGCGACGAGACUGACAGUGUCGAGCGUAAGGGAACUCCAUCUGUCCCCGCUGACACGGCACGUGAGCCCGCCAACGAGAGCGCACCAAAGGGCGCGGAUCCUUUCGGUGGCGCGGAUGAGGCCAAGGCCAAGGCUGACUUUGAGAACGCCUUUGCCGCCUUUACAACUGCCAAGAGCCAGACCAAGCCUGCACAGGAGACCAACAAGUCUACCUCUGCUUUCGAUUCCGAGUUCCCCCCUAUCUCGGAACUUGAGCGUGAUGACGACUCGGACUCUAGCAGCGACCGAGGCGGCUUCGAGGAUGACUUUGCACCCGCUUCGCCUCCUAGCAAGCGAUUUGGGGAUAAGCCUGCGAGCGGAGAAUCGUCUGGAGGUGCUCCCUUGGGCCCAACUCCGGCCCCUGAGACUGCAUCUCCUGAGACCAAGGUGACGAGCCCCGAGCUCCCAUCGUCACCCGCGACAGUGACCGAGACCAAGGCCCAGAACUCAUCUGUCGACGACAUCUUCGGCACGAGUGCGACAGGACCUGCCCCUGCCCCGAAUCAGGCGGCCCCGCCCAACCCUCCAGCCAAGAGUGGUUUUGAGGAUCUGGAAGACGAGUUUGAGGGCCUGGAGGAUGCUAAGGAAGGCUCCGGAGAGGAAGAUUUCGCCAACAUCUCCCGCUCUGGUCUGGACGACUUUAACCCCGUCUUCGACAGCAGCCCGCCCGGUAGCCAGACUAAGACCGAGUCUACCGCGUUCGGCAACGAGAGCUUCGACUUUAUCUCUGCCAGCCAGGCUGGUCCAGCCCAACCCCCUGCAGGUGGCCAGCAGAAGCCCCCUGAGGCCCACGACUGGGAUGCCAUCUUCUCCGGUCUCGAGUCACCCAGCGCUGCUGCAGCAACUCCCGCUACUGCUCCUGCUGCCGACAAGCCAGCUGGCGGUGAUGCGUCUCGUCCUGGCCAGCAGCCCCUGAACCGCACAGAGUCUGAGCAAGACGACCCCAUCCUCAAGAGCCUGACUGGCAUGGGUUACCAGCGCACUGAUGCUCUGGCUGCCCUGGAGAAGUUUGACUACGACCUGGACAAGGCCGCAAACUACCUGGCUAGCCGGUCAUAA